UAAUUUCAGUGACUAUCUAAGCUCGUUUGGCUAAGGGCGGUUAAAAAGUUCAAUCCAAUCGAAGACACUGUAGUAUAAAGUGAAAGUCGCGGAUAAUUCCUGGCAAUUUAUUUAUUUCUACAACUAUCAACACUUUUAACAGUGCAUUUAGAAAAUACCGUUUUUGAAGAUAAAAACGCGGUCCUAAGUUGACGAAUUUAUAUUUUUUGAAUACAAGAAAGUCAAAUAAGAUCCCAUUAAUCAUCAUGCUAUUCAUGUGUCACCAAAUGGCCAUGAAGAAGGAAGCUGACGACAAACAAAAGGCUCUGGAAAUCAGACGAGCUCAAAUUGGUGUUGGCGUCCCAGUAAUUUGGAUUUUAGGAGGUCCAGGAUGUGGCAAGGGAACACAAUGUGAGAAAAUUGUUGCGAAAUACGAUUUUACACAUUUGAGCAGUGGAGACUUGUUGCGAGAGGAGGUAAAAUCUGGUUCUGAAAAGGGACAAGAGCUUGCUAAAGUAAUGAAAGAAGGAAAACUAGUAUCGAACAGUGAUGUUCUACUUUUGCUUUCAAAUGCCAUCAAGAAGUCCCUACCAACUGCCAAAGGCUUUCUUAUUGAUGGUUAUCCACGAGAGAAGGACCAGGGAGCUGCUUUUGAAAAAGAAAUUGCUCCAGCUGAUUUGAUCAUCUUUUUUGAUUGUGCUGAUCAAACUCUUGUCACACGUAUCAUGAAACGUGCAGCAGCUUCAUCUGAAGUUCGUGCUGACGACAACGAAGAAACAUUGAAAACAAGAAUUGCCACAUUCAGGACCAAUACAAAUGCCAUUCUUUCGCAAUACACCGACAAAACAUUAAUCCUUAAUGCUGAGCGUUCUGUGGAUGAAAUUUUCGCCGAUGUCACUAAAGCUCUUGAUGCUGUUGUCCAAAAGAAAGCCGCUCCAAUUGCGUAAUCAUGACUUUAAGAACUUUAAAGUAUGCUGCCCGCCUCAACUCAAAACACACAAAAAUACCAAAGAAAAAUACCAUCAAGUCCUUGCGAAGAUAAAUUUAAUGCAAAUAAAAAUAAAAAAAUUGCAAUAUAUAUAUUUCGCUAAAAUAUAUUUAAAUAAAUUUACUUUAUAUUUAUGUAAAUAAAAUUGCUUUAAUAUUCAAAUUAAAAUACUCAUUCAUAGAAAACACAAAUAAUUUGCUAAACACACAAAAAUUAAAUAUGAUAACAAUA